AUGCCAUCGGCUAUUGACCCUGACGAUGACCUGUGGGCAGCUAUCAAACAAAUAUCCCAGUCAUCCGUGGGCUCGGAUUACAUUGAUCAGCUGAUUCCCAUCAUGAAGGACCCACGCUACUCAAACCAACUACAAGUCACAUUCGAUCGAUAUGCCAAUGAUCGCGAGAGUGAGAUUGAGCGGAUAUGUAAUGCAAAUCACCAGGACUUUGUUAGCUCUGUCGACUCGCUGCUGAGGAUCCGCGACCAGACUGUGCAAAUGAGUGGUGAAAUCCUACAGCUCAACGAGUCUAUUCAGGAGAGUAUCGAGAAGCUAGCCGAGCACAAGAAGGCGCUGGUAGACUCAAGAGGUGUGCGACAGAACAUCAACGAAGCCAUCCAAGCGCUUAACGCGUGUCUGAACGUGCUGCGCAUCGCCAACCAGGUCCAGGACCUGCUAAAAGAGAAGAACUACUAUGCGGCCUUGAGGGCACUAGAUGAGCUGCAAACAAUACACUUGAAGGAGAUCAGCCGCUUCAAAAUCGCCAAUUUGAUCGAAAAGUCGAUUCCCCAAACCCAAGAGCAGAUCAGAGAAGCAGUCAAAAAUGACUUGAGCACAUGGCUGUUUCGCAUCCGCGAGUCGGCACAGUUUCUGGGCGAGGUGUCAUUUUUCUACACCGAGCAGCGAAGAAAGCGAAACCAGUGGCGCGCCGAGACAGAUUCGCGCUUUUCAAAGUUCAAGCUAAACUCGGCCAUUGAACUUGUCGCCGACGAGACGGAUGAGUUUGAUGUGCUGAACAACGAAGAAGCCGGCAAUGAGACUGACUUUUCUCCUUUGUUCGAGGCAAUGCACAUCAACGAGACAUUGGGCAAGAGCGAGCAAUUCAGAGCAGAGUAUGCGUCAGAUCGGCGGACGCAGAAAGAUCUAAUCAUUCCAAAUAAGCUUGACCUGCUUGACGAAGAAUGCAGCGACUUGAGCAGCUUACUGGAGAGUAUCGCAGGGUAUGCCAUUAUUGAAAAAGCAACCAUGACAAUAACUACCAAUCUGCGAUCACAGACUGAUGUUGACGAACUGUGGGAUUCCAUGUGUCAAAGUGCAAUCAAGCUCAUUACAGGAGAGCUUCAUACUGUUGAUAAUGAUGAAUUGUUGCUCAAAAUAAAAGGCCGGAUCGCGCUUUUCAUGCUCACUAUGGAGAAAUGGGGUUACUCCGUGUCCGCGAUGAACGACCUACUUCUUACCCUCUUCUCCAAAUACUCUGCUCUCCUCAAGCAGCGAUUCAGCGACGAUUUCCUGGAGAUUGUUCACACGGACGAUUACAUGCCCAUGCCCAUCAAUUCACGGGAAGAGUACGACAAGGUCGUCUCCGUGUCGUGGUAUAGCCCGCAGAGCAACAGUGAGCAAAUCACAUUCCCAUGUGUUUUGCCAUUCUCACAGAUGUACCCUCUUUGCUGCAUUGAUAUCAGAAACUUCCUCAACCAGAUAUACCUCUUCAGUGACGACUAUUUCCAGAAGAGCAGUGUCAUUGAUGAAACGCUUCGCACAAGCCUUGACGAGCUCUUGUGCGAGAAGGUCUGUGAAAGCCUUGUCGAGCGCCUGAGCAGCCAAUACCCUGGACAAAUUGUGCAAAUUCUCACCAACCUCGAGCACUUUGAAAACGCAUGCGUAGAACUCCAGGAUCUACUUUUUGAAGCCCGCUCUUCGCCUUCUGCGACAGGUCCCAUUGUCCUUACUGCGACAGAGCGCUUUGCAAAAGCCAAAAACACCGCUUCGAACCGUGUCUUUGAGCUUGUCAACAGCAAGAUUGACGAUUUGAUCGAGACGGCGGAAUACGACUGGAUGGCCACAAAACCACAGACGGAACCUUCGACCUACAUGCUCGAGCUGACUAGGUACCUCUCGAACAUCAUGUCCUCGGUGCUCCUCGCCUUACCCAUGGACAUUAAAGAGUUCAUCUACUUCGACGCUCUAUCGCACGCCUCAGCCGCCAUCCUGGAUCUGCCCCUGGCGCAGAACAUCAAGCGCAUCUCUCCCGCUGCCGUUGCAACCUUGGCCGCUGACACAGCCUUUUUAUCGCAAUUCGUCAGCUCGCUCAACAAUCCCAUUCUCAUGGAAAACCUGGACGAGCUGACGCAGACGGUGGCGCUCAUGGGCACGGAUAACUCUGAAGAGUUCUUCGACAUUGCGCAGAGGAACAAGAAGUAUAGCAAGGUGGAUCAGAUGAAGGGUGCCAUUUUGCUCGAGAAGGUGCAGGAGGGUGCUCAAGUUGCGGCCCAGAGCCCCAAAGUAGAGGGUAAGGACCGAUUUGGCACUUUGGGAUCGAGAUUUGGAAUUCGGUAGGCUGCAGAGUAGUGUCGUGAGGAUGCAAUGGGAGAUUGAUUGCUUGCGGUCUUGAUAUAUAGCGUUGCGCAUAA